AUGGGAUUGAAAGCGUCUGAUAUCAAAGGCAUCGGUUUGACCAACCAACGAGAAACACUCAUUACGUGGGACAGUCAGACAGGCCGUCCCUUGUAUCCAGCCAUUCUCUGGAGCGACACGCGCACCAUUGACACGGUCCACAGACUGGCCCAACAAUCCGACAAGGGCGUGGAUGCUUUAAAGGCCAUCUGUGGAUUGCCUUUAGCGACUUAUUUUACGGCGGUCAAGCUGAGAUGGUUGUUGGAUCACAUCCCUAGGGUGUCACAGGCACAAGCACAACACCGCCUGCGUGUGGGUACUGUGGACACUUGGCUGAUCUAUAAUCUGACAGGUGGAUGCGUUCAUGAUGGGGCUUAUAUGACGGAUGUCACCAACGCGAGUCGAACCAUGCUCAUGGAUCUCCAUACCCUCCGGUGGAGUGAGGAAGCCAUUGCGUUUUUUGGAUUGCAAGACAUUGUGUUGCCGCGCAUUGCCUCGUCUUCCGAGAUCUAUGGCGAGAUCGUGGAAGGGUCUUUGGCGGGCGUUCCCUUGGCGGGUUGUUUGGGAGAUCAGCAAGCGGCGCUGGUGGGCCACCAAUGCUUCUCUGUGGGGGAGGCCAAAAACACGUACGGCACCGGCUGCUUCAUGCUGUUCAAUACGGGCCAUCAAGCGGUGCCGUCCAAGAACGGAUUGCUGACGACGGUGGCCUAUCAAUGGGGCAGCGAGAGCCCGCCUACGUACGCCUUGGAGGGGUCGAUUGCGGUGGCCGGCGCUGCGAUUGGGUGGCUUCGAGACAAUCUGGGGGUCAUUCAGAGCACGAGAGAAGUGAAUCGGUUGGCGUCCAAAGUGAAGAACACGGCCGGCGUGUAUUUUGUCACGGCGUUUGGAGGGUUAUUGGCGCCUUACUGGCGAUCGGAUGCCAGAGGCACGCUGUGCGGCAUCACGCAUUUUACCAGGCUGGAGCACAUUUGCCGUGCUGCCCUCGAAGCUGUGUGUUACCAAUCACGCGCUCUUUUGGACGCGAUGAACAAGGACUCGGGGUCUCCUUUGCGCGUGCUGAAGGUGGAUGGCGGCAUGUCGCAUUCCGACUUGACCAUGCAGAUACAGGCGGACGUGUUGGGCAUCCCCGUCGAUCGGCCCCAGAUGAGAGAAACGACGGCUUUGGGAGCGGCCAUCGCGGCCGGUUUUGCUUUGGGUAUCUACAAGUCCAAGGAAGACUUGCCGAACGGGCAUUCACAACAACCACAACAAGAUCGCACCCUCUUCUUGCCCACUAUUCCAGCCACCCAACGCAAGAAAAUGGUCCAUGGAUGGCAGCAAGCCGUUCAACGUUCUUUUGGCUGGGCCAAUCCGGCUACUACCGUGUCGACGCACGAUCCCAUUGUCCUUUUAAAAGUACACUGA